GCCGUCGUCCGCACGCCGCCGCCGCCGCCGCCGCCCGCCCCGCAGCCCACCAUGUCUCGCCGCAAGCAAGGCAAACCCCAGCACUUAAGCAAACGGGAAUUCUCGCCCGAACCUCUUGAAGCCAUUCUUACAGAUGAUGAACCAGACCACGGCCCCUUGGGAGCUCCAGAAGGGGACCAUGACCUUCUCACCUGUGGGCAGUGCCAGAUGAACUUCCCAUUGGGGGACAUUCUUAUUUUUAUCGAGCACAAACGGAAACAAUGCAAUGGCAGCCUCUGCUUAGAGAAAGCCGUGGAUAAGCCGCCUUCCCCUUCACCAAUCGAGAUGAAAAAGGCGUCCAAUCCUGUGGAGGUUGGCAUCCAGGUCACACCAGAGGAUGACGAUUGUCUAUCAACGUCAUCUAGAGGAAUUUGCCCCAAACAGGAACACAUAGCAGAUAAACUUCUGCACUGGAGGGGCCUGUCCUCCCCUCGAUCUGCACACGGAGCUCUAAUCCCCACGCCUGGGAUGAGUGCAGAAUAUGCCCCGCAGGGUAUUUGUAAAGAUGAGCCCAGCAGCUACACAUGUACAACUUGCAAACAGCCAUUCACCAGUGCAUGGUUUCUCUUGCAACACGCACAGAACACUCAUGGAUUAAGGAUCUACUUAGAAAGCGAACAUGGAAGUCCCCUGACCCCGCGGGUUGGUAUCCCUUCGGGACUAGGUGCAGAAUGUCCUUCCCAGCCACCUCUCCAUGGGAUUCAUAUUGCAGACAAUAACCCCUUUAACCUGCUAAGAAUACCAGGAUCAGUAUCGAGAGAGGCUUCCGGCCUGGCAGAAGGGCGCUUUCCACCCACUCCCCCCCUGUUUAGCCCACCACCGAGACAUCACUUGGACCCCCACCGCAUAGAGCGCCUGGGGGCGGAAGAGAUGGCCCUGGCCACCCAUCACCCGAGUGCCUUUGACAGGGUGCUGCGGUUGAAUCCAAUGGCUAUGGAGCCUCCCGCCAUGGAUUUCUCUAGGAGACUUAGAGAGCUGGCAGGGAACACGUCUAGCCCGCCGCUGUCCCCAGGCCGGCCCAGCCCUAUGCAAAGGUUACUGCAACCAUUCCAGCCAGGUAGCAAGCCUCCCUUCCUGGCGACGCCCCCCCUCCCUCCUCUGCAAUCCGCCCCUCCUCCCUCCCAGCCCCCGGUCAAGUCCAAGUCAUGCGAGUUCUGCGGCAAGACGUUCAAAUUUCAGAGCAACCUGGUGGUGCACCGGCGCAGCCACACUGGUGAGAAGCCCUACAAGUGCAACCUGUGCGACCACGCGUGCACACAGGCCAGCAAGCUCAAGCGCCACAUGAAGACACACAUGCACAAGUCGUCCCCCAUGACGGUCAAGUCCGACGACGGCCUUUCCACCGCCAGCUCCCCGGAACCUGGCACCAGCGACCUGGUGGGCAGCGCCAGCAGUGCGCUCAAGUCAGUGGUGGCCAAGUUCAAGAGUGAGAACGACCCCAACCUGAUCCCAGAGAACGGGGAUGAGGAGGAAGAGGAGGACGAUGAGGAAGAAGAGGAAGAGGAGGAAGAGGAGGAGGAGGAGCUGACGGAGAGCGAGAGGGUGGACUACGGCUUCGGGCUGAGCCUGGAGGCUGCGCGCCACCAUGAGAACAGCUCUCGGGGUGCGGUGGUGGGCGUGGGCGACGAGGGUCGCGCCCUGCCCGACGUCAUGCAGGGCAUGGUGCUCAGCUCCAUGCAGCACUUCAGCGAGGCCUUCCACCAGGUCCUGGGCGAGAAGCAUAAGCGUGGCCACCUGGCCGAGGCCGAGGGCCACAGGGACACUUGCGAUGAAGACUCGGUGGCCGGCGAGUCGGACCGCAUAGACGAUGGCACUGUUAACGGCCGCGGCUGCUCCCCCGGCGAAUCAGCUUCAGGGGGUCUGUCCAAAAAGCUGCUGCUGGGUAGCCCCAGCUCGCUGAGCCCCUUCUCCAAGCGCAUCAAGCUGGAGAAGGAGUUUGACCUGCCCCCAGCCGCGAUGCCCAACACUGAGAACGUGUACUCGCAGUGGCUCGCUGGCUAUGCGGCCUCCAGGCAGCUCAAAGAUCCCUUCCUUAGCUUCGGAGACUCCAGACAAUCGCCUUUCGCCUCCUCGUCAGAGCACUCCUCGGAGAACGGGAGCUUGCGCUUCUCCACACCGCCCGGGGAGCUGGACGGAGGGAUCUCGGGGCGCAGCGGCACGGGAAGUGGAGGGAGCACGCCCCAUAUUAGUGGUCCGGGCCCGGGCAGGCCCAGCUCAAAAGAGGGCAGACGCAGCGACACUUGUGCUUCACACACCCCCAUUCGGCGUAGUGCCCAGAGAGCUCAAGAUGUGUGGCAGUUUUCGGAUGGAAGCUCAAGAGCCCUUAAGUUCUGA